CGGUGCUAUCUGGGAUCCUCGGUACGUCCCUACCUAAUUGAUGUUGACAUUUCAAAUGGUUAAUGUAAGGGUUUGGGUAAGGUUAGGGACGACUUAAGGAUUCUGCAUAGCACUGACCGUGAGGCGACUGUCGCAACCAUCUACUUGAAAUGGAUGUGUUCCUUAUGAUCCGGCGUCAGAAGACCACCAUUUUCACAGACGCCAAAGAGUCCACCACCGUCUACGAGCUGAAGCGCAUUGUCGAGGGAAUUCUCAAGAGAGAGCCUGAGGAACAGAGGCUCUUCAAGGAUGACCAGUUGCUAGAAGACAGUAAAACUCUUGGCGAUUGCGGCUUCACCAACCAAACUGCAAGACCUCAGGCCCCAGGCACUGUUGGACUGGCUUUCCGAAUGGGCGAUGAGAUGUUUGAGCAGCUGCAGGUGGAGGAAUUCUCCAGUCCUCCAGAGCUCCCUGACGUCAUGAAGCCCCAAGACUCUGGCAGCACUGCCAACGAACAGACUGUGCAGUGAUGAAGGGAGGCAUGGAGGGAUCGGGGAUGGGGAAAGGGCUGUCUACAAAAACAGCCAAGGAGGUAUAGGUGGCAGGGUAGAGGAUAUGUACCAUAAUUGUGGGUUAAGAUGGGAUGGGGCAUGUGUAACCAAACCAGGUUACUACCAACCACCUUCACCUUAACCGGACACUCCUGGAUCCCUGUGAAUUCUUUGCAAACAGCAGUUACUUUAUGAUAAGAACCCCCCUUCCUUGCUCCCCAGCCUUCUUGUCAGGUGCACCAUUCUGUUCAAACACAUUGGGAAUGAGUCUGACACAUGAGUGUCAGGGUCAAAUGCUCUCAUUUGAAUGAGUGACUCUGUUGGUUUUGAGUGUGACUCUGUGUGUGUGUGUGUGUGUGUGUGUGUGUGUGUGCAGGGUGUGAAAUUAACUUUGGUCCACCAGACGUAGUGGUUGGUGGCUGCCCGAAUUUUACCACCCCUCACAUUUUUCACCAGCCACAUUUCCCCCUGAAAAAAUAUAAAUCACCGAAAAGACUGUACCCCAUCAUGCUUUCACCACUGUAGCACUGAGAUUCUAUUUUCCAGAGUUGACACGCAUAUUCACACUUAAAUGUUUUUUUUUUACAUGUGGGCUUUGGAUUUAGAAAAUAAAAAUGCACUCAAAUGCUCUGUAUGACCACCUGCCAAUGUGUCUGGUAAGAAUAGACAUUAUUUGAGGCAAUGCCAAACUACCAGCAUGUGGUUGGUGUUAAUUUACCACCCUGUAUAAGUGUUAGAUAAUUAUUGUUCUUACUAUUAUUAUUCUUAAAGGAAAAACCUACCCAAAACCGCAAAUUCCUAUAAUUUACAGUGUUAAAAGAACACUAUGUGAGAACAAUAUUUUUCAUUUUGUCGUUAUAAUAAGGUUGGUAGCAACAUGUGAAAAUCGUUGUGGAAAUCUGUUGCAGCUCAAGUCGACUACAAAACCCCCAAUGGAAUGGUCUCUAUGGGCUGGCUACAGUAGCUAGGUAGCUAGGUAGCUAGGUAGGUCUAGCAAGCAAGCAAAUGUAGCUACACACAAUAAUACCAAAGUCAAUAUCAGCAUGUGAAGUAGCUAGUUAUCUGUAAAUUCGCCUAAAGAAACUGCACUAUCAAUUUAGGAGUCUACAAUCUCACCAUGUUCAACAUGCAGAUCGAUGUGCCUCGCAGAGGUCUCACAUUCGCAACGGCACCAUGCAAUGCUCCCUGGACUGAAGAGGCAGACAAAUAUGAGAAAUGUGCUGGAUGCACAAAAACAUUAUAACAGUCAAAAUGGGUGAAACUUUCCUUUAAAAUGGCAAAGUGGCAUUUGUGUGUAACAAACAAUGUACUGGAAAAAAAUGUGCAUGGGUUAGGAGUCAAACGUUAAAACGUGCAAACAUGCAUGAGAGAAUCCCAUUGUAAAGAACAAGAAAAAAGACUAACACUAAAAUCUCCACCAUCGGAUAGUCUUUCAUCAUAAAUGAUCUUCAUGUUCCCCAGUUCUCUUCCCUGGGCCACAUUCAAAAUAGUCAAAUGUUGUGGAACGGUUGCAGAUAGAAAUGUCAUGAAUAGAUCUGACGUGAUUGCUUAUUUUACACAAAGAGCACCAUGUUUGUUCCACAUCGUAUAUUCUUAUCUGAACACUCCACAAUGUUGUGUGCCGCUAAAUGCAGCUCAGGUUAAGCCAGUUCCAGUGUGCAUUUCUGAAUAGAUUUCUUUCCACACUUCGACCUGGAAGGAAAACUCCUUUACACUGUAAGGUAAAUGCUGUUCUCCUUCAUUAUAGCAUCGUUCUAGCUUAUUUUAAUUUGAUGUAAUGUGGAAAUUCUUCCAUUUUCAGCCCCUUCACUCUUGUUUGUUUGCACUGAGACCAAAGGCUUGGAACUCCUGGACUAAGCAGGAGAACCGGUUGGUUGAGGACAUCUUUUUGUGACGUUUAAAACAAAACUUGGCAAAAGAUGGUAUCGGCAUUGGACUGGUUUUGGGGUGGGCAUGCCAUACAUCAGGUCAUGUGACAAAAAAACGGUGUGACAUCAGUUUCCCCCCAAAUGAAAAAACAUAGCCUGUAACUGUGAGCUUAAAUAAAUAUUUGUUUAUUUUUUAAAA